AUGGAAGGCCUUAACCGCGUCAAGACAGUGCUCGACAAGGGCCAACUCGCUCUGGGUGUAUGGCAGCUCUUACCCGGCAGCAACAUGUCGCGCACUCUCGCAAGAGCUGGAUAUGAUUGGGUCUUGGUGGACUGUGAGCACGGAAACAUCGACGAUGCCGCGAUGCACGAAGCUGUGCCCGCCAUAACGUCAUACGGCGUGAGCCCGAUUGUACGAGUCCCGGACUUCCAGUCCUGGAUGAUCAAACGUGCGCAUGGUGUCCUGGCACCUCUCGUGCGGACGGUGGACGACACAAAGGCAUUCGUUGAGGCCUGUCGAUUCCCCCCGCAGGGCAAGCGGGGCUUUGGCUCUCCAUUCCCAAUGGACCGAUUUGGUCGCAAUGUAUCAGCUGCACAGUACCUCACUGAGGCCAACGCCAAUCUUCUGCUCGCUGUUCAAAUUGAGACUAGGGAAGCAUUUGAUAGCGUGGAUGCAAUUGCUGCCGUUGAUGGGCUUGAUGUAUUGUUUGUCGGGCCGUUUGAUCUGGGCAAUGGAAUUGGUCACCCCGUUCUAGGCGCUACAUUUGCGCCUGAACUGGAGCAGGCUAUUGAGACCAUCAUGAAGGCUGCGCAUAAGGCGGGCAAGAAAGCCGGGAUCUAUUGUGGAAAUGGAAAGCAGGCGAAGCAAUACGCCGACUUGGGUUAUGAUUUGGUCAAUGUUGUGACUGAUGUUGGUGCUCUGACUAGCUCGCUGGCGAGUGAAAUGGAGAUUGUCACUCAAAAGGCGGGUAAGACUGCUUCGGGUCCGUAUGGUAGCUAA